GGCCCUAGAUACCAUCACGAAGCUCAAGCGGCGGCGAUUGGAGAGAGGUGACGAGCGUUCGGGAGUGGCGACGAGAGGCGAGCGACGACCGGCGACGGCGACAGCUAAACUUUGCUCACCCGACUUCUCGCUCUCUGAGACAAGAGUCCUGACCGGGUUGAAGUUAACAAAAUCGAGCGUGAGAGUAUCAGAAUCCUUCAUUUAAGCGGAGCCCCAUCCUUUACCGUCUACCCCUCCAAAAACCCCUUUAAAAGGAUUGCUCUUGUGCUCAGUUCCUAAUCCUUCAGCCGCAAAAAGGGUAUAAUGGCUUGUAUUUCAUCUAAUGUUGGAAGCUACUCACAAAUCUCAGCAACAAAAAAUUUAGUGAAAAAUCACAUCAACAAUGGGUUUCAUUCAUCUGUUUCUUUUGUUCAUAAGAAAUGGAAUACCGUAUUGCCUUCUCAAUUUGGUCAGUACCGUUCAUGUUCUCCGCUCGGCUCGAUUCCGAGAGAUGUGAGAAGUUCUGGUGGGAAUUUGGAGAAAUUUGCUCUUGCGAGCAGUAUCAAUGGCAGUGAGAAUGUUUCCGAAGAGAGGGUGGUUGUGUUAGUAAUCGGUGGGGGUGGAAGAGAACAUGCACUUUGUUACGCAUUGCAACGAUCUCCAUCCUGUGACGCUGUCUUUUGUGCCCCAGGCAAUGCCGGGAUUACUCAUUCUGGGAAUGCCACUUGCUUAUCAGACCUAAAUAUUUCUGACAGCUCCGCUGUUAUUUCCUUCUGUAAGGAAUGGGGAGUUGGGUUGGUAGUAAUUGGCCCAGAAGCUCCUCUAGUUGCUGGCCUUGCAAAUGAUCUUGUUAAAGCUGGGAUUCCUGCUUUUGGUCCGUCAUCUGAAGCUGCAGCAUUGGAGGGGUCGAAGGAUUUUAUGAAGAAGCUAUGUGACAAAUAUGAUAUCCCUACAGCCAAGUACCAAACUUUCACAAAUGCGUCCGAGGCAAAGGAAUACGUCAAGGAUCAAGGAGCACCAAUAGUAGUCAAAGCUGAUGGAUUGGCUGCUGGCAAAGGAGUCAUUAUUGCCAUGACUUUAGAAGAGGCAUAUGAAGCCAUAGACUCUAUGCUGGUCAAUGAUGCUUUUGGCUCUGCUGGUUCAAGAGUCGUCGUUGAAGAAUUUCUUGAGGGUGAAGAAGCCUCUUUCUUUGCUCUGGUUGAUGGGGAAAAUGCCUUGCCUCUUGAAUCAGCACAAGAUCAUAAACGAGUAGGUGACGGUGAUACUGGACCAAAUACAGGUGGAAUGGGUGCAUACUCACCAGCUCCUGUACUAACAAGAGAGCUCCAAUCUGUGGUUAUGGAGUCAAUAAUACUUCCAACUGUUAAGGGAAUGGCAGCAGAAGGCUGUAAAUUUGUUGGUGUAUUAUAUGCUGGUCUUAUGAUUGAGAAGAAAUCGGGUCUACCGAAGCUUAUCGAGUAUAAUGUGCGCUUUGGAGAUCCAGAAUGCCAAGUAUUGAUGAUGAGGCUUGAAUCUGAUCUAGCCCGAGUUCUACUUGCAGCUUGUAAAGGAGAACUAAACAAUGUAACUCUACAGUGGUCACCUGGAUCAGCCAUGGUGGUUGUCAUGGCAAGUAAAGGUUAUCCAGGAGCCUACGAAAAGGGUUCUGUAAUAAGAAAUCUUGAAGAGGCUGAGCUCGUCUCUCCAAUGGUAAAAAUAUUUCACGCAGGAACUGCAUUUGACUCUAACAGUAAUUUUAUUGCAACCGGAGGCCGAGUACUUGGCAUUACAGCAAAGGGGAAAGAUAUAGAUGAAGCAAGAGACUUAGCUUAUGAUGCAAUUGAUGUUAUUGACUGGCCUGAAGGAUUCUUUAGGCGCGAUAUUGGAUGGAGAGCUCUUCGUCAUAAAGAAGUUGCCCAUCAUCGGUAAAUCAGUCCUUUGUGGAAAAUGUCCUUUGUGGAAAAUGUGAAAUUAUGUUUUAUAGCGUAAAAAAGGGUGAGAGCAAUUUUCACAGCAUAAUGUAGCUGCUGAGAGAGAGCAGAGAAUAGAAAUAAGUAUGGAAUCUUUGGUUGAUAGCUGAUAAUGAAGAAAUACACACUGUGCUGAAAGCUUUACUUGAUAUAGCAGUUCAUUGAUAGUUCUUGUGACCCUCUGUACGUACUUGUUGCUAUUUAUUAACCCUUCAUGUGAUUUUUAUAUUGAAUGUAAGAGCUUUUUUAUGGGGCU